AUGGCUAUUGAUGAGAAAAUCUCUCAUCAGAAUAUCUAUGAAAACUCAUUAAAAGGUGGCACAACUAAAUCAUCCAUUUUCAUCUAUGCCCUAAUAUUUGUUGCAUUGUUCUUCAUCAUUGUUCAAAACAACAAAUCUAGUUCUUCAGCACUCACAUCAUUUGGUUCUUCAACCCUUCAAAAUGCUGUUGAGCAAAAUCAAUCUCCUAAAGAAUUAGGUGAUGAUGAACUUUCUUACAUGCAGGAAAAUAAUACUACUACACAAGAAGGGAUAAAUAAUAAUAAUAAUAUUGAUGAAGAGAAUGAAGAUCCCUUAGUCGUUCCACCACCGGAUAUGAAAAAGGCAGAAAGAAUGGCAUGGUUCAAGACACAGAUACCAAAACUUGAGAUACUUAAAUCAACCAACUUAUCAGAAUCUUUCUUUAAUUAUAGGGUCCUCAGAUUCCUUGAUCAAGGAUGCUCAACUUUCUUCUUUGCCAUAUGGCUGUCGCCGGCGAAGAACUUUGGCGAGAGGGAGUUCAUGACAAUGGACACACUUCUCAAGGUCCACCCUCAAGCAUGCCUCAUGAUCUUAUCAAGAUCCAUGGACUCCGAACUUGGAAGCCGGAUUCUCAAACCACUUAUUGAUCUUGGCCUCAAAGUUGAGGCAAUUACUCCCGAUUUGCCAUUCUUGGUAAAGAACACACCGGCCAAAUCAUGGCUAGAAGCGAUCAAGAAUGGUAACAAGGAUCCCGGAAACAUCCCACUGUCUCAGAACCUCUCCAAUUUGAUGAGGCUAGCAAUGUUAUAUAAGUAUGGUGGUGCUUAUGUGGACACAGAUUUGAUCUUUGUGAAGGAUAUGUCCCUAUUGAGGAAUGCAAUAGGAGCACAAGCUGUGGACCAAGAAACCAAGAAAUGGUUAAGAUUGAACAAUGCUGUUUUGAUAUUUGACAUGAACCACCCUAUUGUGCUUGAAUUCCUAAGGGAAUUUGCAACAACUUUUGAUGGUAAUAAAUGGGGGUAUAAUGGUCCUUACAUGGUUUCAAGAGUUAUUGAAAGAAUUGAAGCGACACAAGGAUACAACAAUAGUAGUAGUAAUUAUUACAACCUUACAAUUUUGCCACCUAAGGCAUUCUACCCUGUGGAUUGGAACAAGAUUGUUGAUUUUUACAAGAGGCCUGAGAAUGGGAGUGAAUUGGUUUGGGUUGAAAAUAAGGUUGAAGAAUUGCUCUAUGGUGGGAGAACAUAUGCACUUCACUUGUGGAACAAGAGGACAAGAGAGCUUGACAUUGAAGAGGGAAGUGUCAUGGCAAGAUUGUUCAGUCAUCUUUGCCUUGUUUGCAACAAUGUGAUUAGGACUUGA